AUGUCUUGUGGACAAAGAGUUACUGAUGGAAAUGAGCAUCCAUCUACGUCAAGUAAUGGUAAAAGGAGAAGGUCCAAGAAAAGAAAGAUAUACAAACCUUUCAUUGAACAAGAUGUACAGAAGAGAACCUCUGGUGAGAGGUAUUCAGUAAAAGUUAAUCCAAAAGUCGAGUUUCUGAAACCACGAGAUUUGAGAUUUCAGUGGAACAGUGAUCAAUAUAAUUUAAGUGUCCAAAACAGUGAUACAUUACUCAGCAUUAUUUUGCACAAAGAUGUUGGGGAGAUAGAUGGCAGUCCAACAAAGAAUAUCAAUAAUGACUUUACACACCUAAAGACGGUGUUACAGAGUUUAAUCAGGAAGCACCGCAGUACUCAUUACAAAGAAAUAUUAAAGCACUGCACAGGGAACUCCGAAAUGCCACUUACAGAUAAAGAACUAUUUGGAUUUCUCAAUGUAACUAUCAGUAAAACAUUCCCAAAAGCUCUACUAGGCACACUGUACAACAAAAAGCAGAUACUGAAGUUUGUGCAUAGAUUAACACUAUCAUCAGCAGAUGCUGUUCAUGACCUGGUACCUCUUAUUUGUCAUUUAAAUAUGAAGUCAAUAUCCUGGCUGAAAGCUAUAUCAUCUUAUGAAAUGAAGAAGUGCCUGUUGUUAAAGGUGGUAACAUGGAUAAUGCAAGACUUUAUUUUUAUUUUAUUCCGAUCAUACUUUUAUAGUUUGGGUCAUAACAAGAAAUUAGUAUUUUACACAAAGCCAGUGUGGAAAAAACUAUCACAAAAGGCUGUGAAGCAUCUCAUUGAUUCAGAGCAGCUUGAACCCAUUUCUCCGAACCAGGCACAAAUAAUUAAAACCUCAGGAAAGAAUGCACCAUCAACAGCAAGAGCUGAUUUUAGACCAAAAUGCAGCUCUCUGAGGCCAAUAUUUCCUCUCAGGUUUGACAAUGGUCAGCUUGAAACUUUAAAGGAAUCACGUCUUCUCCUGCAACAGUUAUCAGAUCAGUUUCAUGAACUGAGCUUAUUCCGUGGUGCAGACUUCAAUCAUAGCUGGAGCUUGUUGCAUCAUUAUUGGAAUUUGCAAGGGCGCAAGAAAAUGUAUUUUGUGAAAGCAGAUAUUUCAGAUGCAUUUGGUUCAAUUCUCCACAAAAAAAUGUUCUCUGUGCUAAGAAAAUUACGAGAUAUCUACAUUCCUAAGGAUGGUGUUUUACGAAAAGUGACUGGAAGAGUAUUGGGGCAGAAACCACAGGAUUGGUUUGCUAAUAUUCCAUACAGAAGACAAUGUAGGUGGUCUGCAUAUUGGAUAAGUACAGUGGAGGAAAGUGAUGCUGAAUGGCUUCUUCACAGUGCAGUUGAAUACAUGCGUUCAGUUACUGUACAGACAUCUAGGAAACAUAUUUUCCAUGUUGUAAAGGGAAUACCGCAAGGAGGUUCUCUCUCUUCUGUUCUGUGUGAUUUGUACUAUGCAGAUUUUGAUCACACACACAUGAGAGAAUUUCUGUCACAUGGUUACCUUUUCAGAUAUGUGGAUGAUUACUUGUAUGUUACAGAGGACAAAGAAUGGGCUGAACAGUUUCUGGAACAAACAAAGCAUAAUUACCAGGAUUACAAUUUCUCAUUUAAUCAGGCCAAAACACAGACAAACAUCAACAACUGUGUGAAAGAAAUCCAGUAUUUAGGAAAUGUGAUAAAUUGUGAUACAUUAGAAGUAACACAAGAACAAAAUGAAGAUAAACUUUGUGAUAUACGCAACACUGUCAUUUCAGGGAAAAAGUACUCCUGUGGCAGGUACCUUGAAACAGUGAUGAAGACCCAGUUUCUCUCCAUGAAACCCAUUAUGUUGAAUUUGAGAGUUAAUUCAAGGAAAACUGUUCUAAUAAAUGUCUUUGGAGUAGCACUUCUUGCAGCAUAUAAAUUCAGUGAAGUGAUACGAAAGACAUUCACUUUCAUUAAUGUACAGUUUAUCUUCAGCACAAUUGUAAAAUCCAUAAGAACUGAGACACGCAGGUGUGUGAAGAUCAGCAAAAAAAACUGUGGAAUGUCAUUGAAUAUAAAAAUAAUUUCAUUGGUCAUGUAUGUGGCAUUUUACAUGCUGCUGCCCAGUAAAGAAGACCUUCAGAUAGUCCUGGGAAAGAUAAAGAGAUUGAUGACAAGAUUGUCACACCAGAUAUCAGAAGAUGUGAGAGAAGACCUAGCUAUUGUUUUGAGUGAAAACAUACCAAGGCCCUUUCAAGCAAACCUGGAAAUUAAGCGCAAAGUUAAAAUGUAUCUUAAAAUAUUAAAAAUGCCUGUUUCUGUUACUGCUCAUUAA